UAAUUCAUGACUAAAUUUUACUAGUUAAAUAGAAAAACGGGAUAAUUAAAUGAUAUAAUAACCAAGAAGAGCGGUUUUUAGUUGAAAAUGUAAUUUGAGAGAUAAUAAAAACAUGAUGUUUUUAAAAAAUAUAAAAGUGACCUCAUUUUAUAGUAAAAAAAUUAUUUUAUCUCAGAAUAGUCUCCUAAAAAUUCCGAGACGUAAUGGUUAUUUGAUUCUUGUUCCAGAAAUUGGAGAAGAUUUACCAGGAAAAUAUCCUCUAUUAAAAGAAGAUAAAAGUCCGGAAUUUACAAAUAUUACGAUAGAAAAAUGUAUUGCUGUUAUUGGAAGACAAGCAUUAGAAUUUGAAGAAACAAUUAAAACCUUAGAAAAACAAAUAGAAAAUGUUAAUGAUAUUUCUUCAGAAAAUCUAUUUAAAAAUAUAUUAAAUCCUCUAGAGGAAAUAUAUACUUCUUUGAAUAUUACAUGGGGCAUUUCAAAAACAUUAUAUUUAGGGAACCAGAGUUUAAUGCCUACACAAUAUUAUAUAAAUAUUGAUGGACGUGCUAGAAGAGCUUCUGCUUCUAAAUAUAUUAGUGUACCAAUAUAUCAAGCAUGUAAAAAUGUUUUCAAUAACAGUCAUAACAAAUUAAGUGAUGAACAAAAAAGAGUUUUAACAAAAUAUAUAUUGGAAGGAAAAUUAAAUGGAUUAGAAUUAUCUGAAAAGAAAAAGGAACAAUUUUCAGCAUUGAGAUUGUGGUUAUGUGAUAAAAUUAAAGAAUAUUCACAAAAAUUAGAGACUGCUAUAAAUCAUCUUAGUUUUACUAUAAGAGAUCCUGUACUAAUGAAAGAUUUUCCUGAAGAGUUACUGAAAUCUAUUGCACCAGAUUCUACAAAAUUUCUUGUUGGACCAUGGAUAAUAACUUUAACUCCAGAUGUUGUAGAACCAUUUAUAGAACAUUGUCCUGAUCGUACUUUAAGAUGUAAAGUGUGGGAAACAAAUGUUAUUAAAGCAUCUGUAUUACAUGAUAAAUCAGUACAAACAAGCACAACUUUGGAAGAUAUUAGACAGAAGAGAAAUCAAGAAGCUAAUUUGCUAGGAUACAAAUCAUUUGCUGACUUAAGUAUGGAAACUAAAAUGGCAGCUAGUGUGAAAAAUGUUUAUCAUGUGUUAAAUACUUUAUUAGCUACAGCUCGUCCUGCUCAAGAAUAUGAAAUUAAAGAACUUCAAGCAUUUGCAAGUAAAGAAGGUCUUGAAGGUACACUUCAACAUUGGGACAUAUCAUAUUGGGGUAGACUACAAUUACGAACUGUAUAUGAGUAUAAGGAAGAGGAUUUAAAUAAUUAUUUUCUUCUACCAAAAGUAUUAAAUGGUUUAUUUGAACUGAUUGAAAUUUUAUUUGAUGUAAAAAUUAUUGAAACCAAAAAAACAGAUCUUUGGCAUAAAGAUGUUCGAUUUUUUGAUAUUUUUGAUAUAAAGGAAUCAACCACUGAUCCAUUAGGCAGUUUUUAUUUAGACCUAUAUGCAAGGACAGAUGAAAAAAUUAGAGCAUCACAGAAUUCAGGAUAUACAGUCUCAAUACAAAAUAAAAGUAAAAUAUGUAAUAUAAAACCAUUAAUUGCAUUAAUAUUCAAUUUUCAACCACCUAUGAAUGGGAAAUCUUCUUUGCUUUCAUUCAAAGAUCUCCAAACGCUAUUUCGACAGUUUGGACAUGCAUUGCAUUAUUUAUUAACAAAAGUGGAAUACACAGAUAUUGCUGGACUUUCAUUCAUAGAAUGGGAUGCAUUAUUUAUUUCUGAUUAUUUUCUUGAAAAUUGGUUAUAUGAACCAUUAUUUUUGCAAAGAAUUUCAUGUCAUCAAAUUACAGGAGAAUCAUUACCAUUAAGUAUGAUUGACAAGUUGAAAAAUGCAAAAACGCAUUUAUCAGGUUAUAAUUUAUGCAAAGAAUUAUAUUUAUCACAAUUUGAUUUAGAAUUAUAUUCUAGUAAAGAAUUUUGGAAUAAUAUAAUGAAUCGUUUAUGGAAAAAAUAUUUUGUACUUCCUCCUAAUAAAAAGGAUAGUCAUAUAUGUUCUUUUGAACCUAUAUUUAGUGGAAAUUGGGCAGCUGCUUAUUACAGUCAUAUUUGGUCAAAAAUGAUUGCUGCUGAUUUAUAUAGUGCUUUUCAAGAUAUCUCUUAUGAGAACAAAGAAUCAUUAAAAGCACUCGGUAAUAGAUAUCGCGAAUCAUUUUUAGUUGUAGGUGGCACUUAUUCUACACGUGAAAAUUUCAGAAAAUUCAGUGGAAGAGAUCCUAAUCCAAAAGCUCUUUUGAAAACUCUUAACUUAGAUAUAAAGAGUAAUAUGUUAGAAACUAAUACCGAGAUAUCUCAAAAAAAUAAAACAAUGAACAAUGAAAUAUAAUUUGUACAAAGAUAAAUAAUGAAAAAAUUUUGUUUCUUAUUUAAAAAACUUAUUUCAUUACAAUGUUAUAUAAUUUUAGGGAUAAAAACAUCACGUUUAGAUAUAUAAAUAAAUAUUUAUUUUAAUUUAUAUUGUAUUUUUUGUUUAUAAAUAUAAUAUAAUUUUUAUAAUGAAUACUGAAAUUAGUAAAUAGUUAAAAACGUAAAGUGCAAUAAUUUAUAAGAAUAUAAUUUUUAUACAUAUUUACAGAAUAUAUUAAAAUUA